AUGGGUAUUUCUCGAUCAUCUUCCAUUGUUCUCGCUUAUCUAAUGAAAUAUCAUCAUGAUACUUUAAUGGAAGCUCACGAUUUUUUACUUGAUCGUCGUCCUAUAUCAUGUCCAAAUCCUGGUUUUCUUCUGCAAUUGAUUCGAUACGAAAAGAAAUUACGUAAUAGUGGAGUAAUUGAUAAACAAAAUAAUAAUGAUGAUAAACAGAAUCCAAUCAAAACACUCGAUAUACCAAAUACUUCCAACAUCGAGUGGUCGUUCGACUAG